AUGGCUUACACUUCCUGGACGCGCUUCGUCGUGUAUCUCGCCAUGACAGUCUGUCUGUUGGUCAUUGCCGUGCAGAGCGGUCCUUUGCCUGGCCCUGUCCGAUUCUCUGAAGCCGAACAAGCUCAGAUUGAGGCUAUGAGACUUGAAGGUCGAUCUGACCACUCCAUCUUUGAAACCAUGUCGAGCCAACACGCCAAACGUCUCGCCGAAGCCAUAGCCUCUCCCGAAAGCGCAGCCUCUUCAUCCGCGAGCAGCACUACGACCUUCUCAUCGAUCCUCUCGCGCUUCCGCGACGCCGGCGGAGUGCUCAAGAAGCGCGAAACGUUCGCCUCGGCCUCCCCCUCCACCGCGUACGGCGCAGUCAAGGCUCGCGCUCUGCCCGCAGCUCCGUUGGCCAAGCGUGGCAGUAAUGCCGCGUUUGUAUGUAAGCUGCUUGGCACCGUGGGCGCCAAUCUGGGCCCAUGCACCGAGGAGGUCGUUGACGAGGUUGAGAAUUCCCGGCUGCGCUUGCGAAGGGAUUCGAAGCUCAAUAAGAAGGAUAAGCCCUGGGGUUUCUCUUAA